GCUGCCUGCAGCCAGGACCCAAACAGGUAGGCUAUGGUUUCCAGUUUAGUUCAGUAGACACGUCGAGUCAGCGUCACUAUGAAGGUGUUAUCUUCACCAGAGUCCACCAGACAGAGGACCAUGAGGAGGGUGUCUAAACCUCUCAUGGAGAAACGCAGAAGAGAGCGGAUCAACCACAGUCUGGAGACAUUACGACUUUUAAUGCUGGAGAACACCCACAAUGAGAAACUGAAGAAUCCAAAGGUGGAGAAGGCAGAGAUUCUGGAGAGCGUAGUCCAGUUCCUGAAGACACAGAAUGAACAGGAGAAAGGCCACCGGGGCACAAAGAGUGGCCUCCCCAUGGAGCAAGGACCAACAUGCGCCCACCAGAACAGCUACAAUGACGGCAUGAGGUCCUGCCUGCUGAGGGUCAGCCACUUCAUAGCCAGCAAGAGCCAGGAGCUGGAGCAAGCCCAGGAGCCCCAGACCUACCCGUCCUCUCCCGGGCAUGUCCACAGUGCGCUGUUACCCCAGCCUGGAGACACGGCUGCGCUGUCUCCUCAGCAAGUGCCGCACCAUCACGGCGUCCCCCGGUCGUACCUCGCCCAGAGGACCGACCUCCACUCUGGUACCACGGAGCUGCUCUCCCCCACAGCAGCCAGCAUCACCGAUCCUGUGUGGAGGCCCUGGCCCCAGUAGCAGACACGGGGACACAGAUUUCAUUUUAGACAUAUGCUGUAGAAGCUAAGGGAAUGUGUAAAUAUGUAUUUUAUUGUACACAAUGUAUUCUUUGUAUAGCGAAGAUAUUUUCUGACAACUCCCACAGUGAUUCUCCAAUUUAAUAAGAUUUUACUUUGAGUUCACUUGUUUUGCAAAGACUGGACAUUUUAAAGGCGCAAAUGUCUUUUUUACAUUUACUUCCAUGUGUUUGUGUAUUGUUGAAAUGCCUGCCUGCCUAUUGGCUUUUUUGUUUUGUUUUACU